GCGGCGGUGGGAGCUGCGUCCUCGACGCCCCCCUCCCCUCCGAGAGUCCCGGGUGAAAAUUGAGGAAAAGCAACGGGAGGACACACCGAGGAGGAUGUGUUAGCUAGUUGGACACUUUUAUUCGUUCGUUUCGUUUUCAGCUCGCGUAAAUAAAUGUGCCUCAACGUCGCGACAUCCAAUGUGCGUUUCAUUCGGCUGGAAAACGUCGUAAACCUUGUGAACGUUCAGGCGGUGAACUGCAGUCUGACCGCGGAAGGUUAGCACAACUACACUAAAGUUAGCCCGCUUCGGCUAACUUAGCCUAUAUCAGCUAACACGAAAAAGACACGAAACCCCGACUUGCUCGGCGAUCGGGCGGCUCAGGUAAAAGCGACGCCGCGACGGAAAAUGUAACUCGUAAUGUUUCCUCCCGGGAUUAACUUCAGGGACGGAUGAGAAAGAGAUUGUCGACGGGCGAACAGCGAGCACGACCGCACAGCGAGCCCGACGAGCGCUGCGAUGUUGGGGUCGACUCACAGCUCCGGCCGCCCGUGGGGAUCCCCAGGCUGGCCACACUCGGUGCUUUGGAGGCUCGGGGGCUUCUUCUUCCUCCUGCUGCUGGAAGGCGCCGGCUGCCUCGCCAACCCCGGCAGCUCCUCAGCCAACAACAACAACCAGCCCAGUGUCAACAUCUACAUGAGUGUGGAGGAGGUGAAGAAGCUUUUAGGCUUGGAUGCAGAACUCUCCUACGUACGAGAUGACGUGGUGAAUCAUUAUGCUCUGUCCUUCAACAUGCCUGUGCCAACUGAGACCAACAGCCUUUACUUCAUGUGGUAUUCCAAGUCAAAGGUUGACUACCGGCUUGCGUUCUACCUGGAGAACCCUGUUGUCCUGAAUCCUCCACAGAGCAACAUCUCCAAUCAGGGAGAGGUCCCUCGUGUUCCCUCAGUCUUUAAAGUGGACAUCAUCUGCUCAGGCAAAGUGGAUGAAGAGGCAUUUUUAACAAUGCAGCUCAAUCUGACCAGUCAAGCCAACAACUACACAGUGCUCAACUUCAAGAGGAGGAAAAUGUGCUACAAAAGAAUAGAUUCUGACUCGAAGAUACCCAUUCCCUUCAACAAUACUGUUCUGCCAACAGGCUUUAAUGGCGUGGCCGCCUCCACCACCUCCACCCAGGUGUUCUACAUCAGUGUGAGCGUCUGCUGCAUCGUCAUCUUCCUCGUUGCCAUCAUCCUGGCCAUCCUUCACCUGCACAGUGUCAAGAGAGUGGAGAUGGAGGACAGUGUGAGUGACAGUGGGAGCUCACAGGGUCUGUCUCAGCCGUCCACUCAGACCACACAGUACCUGAGGGCUGAUACUCCAAACAACGCAGCUUCAGUCACCAACAAUCACCCUGGUUCUGCACCCAUUCUCCAGCUUGCUGCCUCCUCCUUCCAAAACCCAGGCGCUCCUUCCCAUGAAACCAAAAGUUACCCAUCUCUCCGUAUAGAGAAGAAUGACCUGAGGAGUGUGACUUUAGCAGAGGCAAAGGCAAAAGUGAAAGACAUCGCGAUCUCCAGGGACAGAGUAACGCUACGAGAUGUUUUACAUGAAGGCACGUUUGGCCGCAUCUUCCACGGAGUGCUGCUGGAUGAAAAGGACCCCACGAAGGAGAAGCAGGUCUUUGUGAAGACUGUGAAAGAUCAUGCCUCUGAGGUGCAGGUGACCAUGAUGCUGACUGAAAGUUGCAAACUGAGAGGUCUUCAUCACAGAAACCUGCUGCCCAUAAGUCAUGUUUGUAUAGAGGAUGGAGAGAAACCCAUGGUGUUGUUACCCUUCAUGGCUUGGGGGAACCUUAAACUCUUCCUGCGCCAGUGCAAGCUCGCCGAAGCCAACAACCCUCAGGCCGUCUCUCAGCAGGACCUGGUUUACAUGGCCAUCCAGAUUGCAUGCGGAAUGAGCUACCUGGCCCGCAGGGAGGUCAUACACAAAGACCUUGCUGCUCGGAACUGUGUCAUUGACGACAACAUGCAGGUAAAGAUUACAGACAAUGCCCUCGCUCGGGAUCUGUUUCCUAUGGACUACCACUGUCUGGGCGAUAAUGAGAAUCGACCUGUCCGCUGGAUGGCCCUGGAAAGCCUGCUCAACAACGACUUCUCCAGUGCAAGUGACGUGUGGGCCUUUGGAGUGACGUUGUGGGAACUCAUGACUUUGGGGCAGACCCCCUACGUCGACAUCGACCCCUUUGAGAUGUCUGCUUACCUGAAGGACGGCUACAGAAUAGCACAGCCCAUCAACUGUCCAGAUGAGCUGUUUGCAGUGAUGGCCUGUUGCUGGGCCCUGGACCCCGAGGAGAGGCCCAAGUUCCAGCAGCUGGUUCAGUGUCUCACAGAGUUCCACGCUGCGUUGGGUGCCUACGUGUGAAAAAAACAAGACAAACACUGACACUGUUGGACGCUGGGAACACGUAUGAAAAUGUGCCUUAUCAGACGGACGAGCGGACGUCAGCCAGGAGGCUUCUGUACAUUUUUUAUCCUUGAGUUUUUAUUCUUUGAUUACCUUUUUUUACAGCAUAGCGUAAAAAGAGAUUCUUUGUUUUAUAUCAUGGUUUUUGCUUUGAAAGCAUCUUUUUUUUUCUUUGUGGACCAGAACUGCUCGAGUCCUCUCUUCAUCAGCUUUUAAUGACUUUCAGUGAAAACCUUUAGAAAAGAAGAGUUUCCUGCAGUGGAGCAGUGUGAAUUAUAGAUUUAUUUUGGAUAAUGAUAAUUAUCAUGGUUUGGGUACCAGAGUAGAUUCAAAGGCUUGCUGAGCUCAAGCUUGGUACGAGGAAGAAAACCGGACUUGUUUUUUUUUUUUGUGAUGGUCCUGAGAUGCCCUCAGAUGGUACAGUAUUUCCUCCGGGUAAUUUUCUUUUCCUGCGGUUUAAUUGUGCCAACUCUCAGCGGGGACGUUCUGUGGGUUUUAUGUCCAACUAACGCAUCACAGCUCAAACAUCCGCACGACAGAGCUGCCAACAGAAACCAGCUUCUUGUUUCAGGUCUGGUUUAAAGUUAGCAAACUGCCCAUGAUAAAGAGAUUUUUUUUGUACAUAUCACAUCCACCUUCACAACUUCCCCACAUAGUUUUGUAUGUUUUUAUAAGCUUGAUUGUUCUACGUCAGAACAGACUCUGCCUCGUUUUUAACAGCUAUUAAAAAAAAACCAUCACUGUGAAAACACACCAGCUGGGUCUGAUCGUAUCCUUACACCUUUAACAUCUUUGAGAUGUGUUUUUAUGGUCACUGCAUGUUGAAACAAAGGUUGUAAACUGCUUCCCAAAUUCAUAUCCACACAUUAAAUGGGAUUUUUGAAUACGAGUCCCGGAUGGUUUGUUCCUAUUAAAUAUUUAAAAUAUCA